UUGGUUAGAAUUACUACUUACUCCACUCCUUCCAUCGAUAUUCGGUCCAUUUUUUUUUUCCAGGAUCAAUUUGAUACGAUCGAUUUGACUGAUAAUGAUAUUCGUAAGCUGGAAAACAUUCCACUGCUGAAACGCCUCAGCACACUGUUGAUGCACAAUAAUCGUGUCCAACAAAUUAUGCCGAAUAUUGGUGAAGUUCUGCCCUCAUUGAAAACUUUGGCAUUGACGAACAAUAAUUUGUGUGAAUUAGGCGAUAUCGAUCCACUCUCAACUUGCCCAAAACUGGAAUAUUUGACUCUGAUUGGAAAUCCGCUGACACACAAACCGCACUACCGACUGUAUGUGAUAUACAAGGUCCCGUCGGUUCGCGUUUUGGAUUUCAAACGAAUUCGACUUGUGGAAAGAAAGCAAGCGGACAAUUUGUUCAAGGGCAAAAAGGGCGAAAAAUUGCGAGAAUCAGUUGUUAAAAGAUCAAAGACUGUGCCAGAAGAUGAGGACGAGGGACCGAGGAAUUUACGCGCCGGAGAUGUUCGGAAAAUUGAGGUAAUUUUUCGUUGUUUUUUCGUGAAGAGUUUGUGUACCAGCGAAUUUUGUUUAUUCUUUGUCGUUGUUGAAUAUUUGAUUUAUCAUCUUAUCGACAUCAGGAAAAAAACAAAAAAAAAUUCAGGGAAGAAUAUUCAAAAAAUUGGCAUGCAUCCUUAG